AUGAAAUAUGUCUUAAACUUGUUGACAGACAUAGGAAUGCUAGAUUGCAAACCUGCGGACACUCUUAUUGUUCAGAAUCAUCAUCUUAGCGAAUAUCCAGAUCAAGUUCCAACUAACAAAGAAAGAUACCAAAGGUUAGUGGGAAGAUUGAUCUAUUUGUCACGUACUCGACCAGACAUUGCUUAUGCGUCUGCACAUGGAAAAGGACUUAUGUUCUCAAAGCAUGGUCAUCUGAAUAUUGAUGGUUAUUCAGAUGCAGAUUGGGCAGGUAGUGUAACUGAUAGAAAAUCCACAUCGGGUUACUUCACAUUCGCACAUUCGUGGGAGGCUGCUAUAGCUGUUGCACAGAAUCCGGUUCAACAUGAUCGUACUAAAUAUGUUGAGGUGGAUCAACACUUCAUCAAACAGAAGCUUGAGGCUAAAGUGUUGCAGUUUCUUUUUGUGAAAUCCGAGGAUCAAUUAGCGGAUAUUUUGACAAAAUGUGGCGUUGCUUGCAAGCUAUUGAAAGAUGAGAUGAUAAGGAGAGUAGUCGCAAAAACCUUUGAGGAUGAAGUGCCGAGGGCAAAGUUCCCCACUGCCUUGAAAACCAUUAACUGGUCAACAAGUCAGCUUUCUUUGGUGUAUGAGCGUGCCACUGCUAGCAAUGAAGAUUCUAGCAAAUUCAUUCUAUAA